AUGUCUGGCGAACUCACACGUCCGGUUGACAAUGGGGAGAAUAUCCACCGCAACCGCUUCCCGACGUUGUUCGAGGUCUUGAGUCGCAAGACGGUCGCACCACUCGAUCUUUUCUCCUUCUACAUCUACAUGCGCGACCAGCAGCGCUCGGUCGAUUACCUGGAUUUCUGGCUCGAUGUUUCCCAACAUCUUCAGCUGUGCCGACUGUACGUUCGACGCCUACACAGGAGCCUGGUGGAAGAUACCCCAGAGAUUGAAAAGGCGUCCAAGCGCUCGUCUUACAUGCAGAACUUCGAUGACGCUGGAGAAGGACCAUCGAACGAGAAGGACAUGGAUGACCAGCGCCUGUCUGCGUUCCUGAGAUCGGACCGACCCAGCAGAAACCAUUCGCCCCAGAACAGCCAGGGCAGCAACCAGAGUCACGAGCUUCCGCGUCCUAGCUUUGGCAUCACGCCCGGAGACUCGAGUUCGCCUGGGCAGUUGUCCUCGAACGACCACUCGCAGCCGCGUAGAGAAGACCUGCGUGCAUCGGCCGAGAAGAUUCUCUACACAUAUCUGCUGCCAGGGUCCGAGCGGGAGAUUAUCAUCCCGCAAAGCAUCCUCAACGACGUGCAGAAUGCGAUCGAAGGGCCGGAGCAGCGAUCGGACCCGGAGCUAUUCGACCAAGCCAAGGACUACGUCUUCCAGGCCAUGGAGCGAGACGCGUAUCCAGGAUUUCUGCAGAACAAAGGUCUUGGAAACCUGGUGCCGCAGAGCAUGAUGAUUCGGCUCAUAGUGGGGCUGAUCAGCUUCUUUGCUGCCGUGUGGGCGGCGUUUGUUCUGAUCUUCCUGGACAAGUCGCGGGCAAUAAGGUGUUGGCUCAUCCUUCCUUUCUUCGUCGCCAUCUACCUCAUUAUCACACACCAGUACAUGCUCGACCCGCUCAUUGCGCUGGCUGGGUACAGCGAGUACACGCUCUUCGACUUCAACAAGAUCCGCGAGAAGUUUGUGCAGAAGACGCUCACUCGGCGCGCCAUUACCGUGCUGGUGCUGUUCGUCAUCGUCUUGACGGCCGUGUGCUGUCUGUUCAUUUUCGUGCCUGGGAAGCGGCUAUAA